GCUGACGAGGCCGUGCGUCGGCGCAUCACGGCGGGUGCGUGUGAGGUCAUUGCGCGAGCGCGGGCGGGGUCCGACGGUUUGAACGAGGCGAAGACGGAACCGGAGCCGGGCGCGCGGACAGCGGACGCGGGUUCCCUCAGAGCCGAAGAUGGCAGUCAAUGUGUACUCAACAUCAGUCACCAGUGACAACCUAAGUCGACAUGACAUGCUGGCUUGGAUCAAUGAAUCUCUACAGUUGAAUCUGACAAAGAUAGAACAGUUGUGUUCAGGGGCUGCAUACUGUCAGUUUAUGGACAUGCUCUUUCCUGGCUCCAUUGCCUUGAAGAAAGUGAAAUUUCAAGCUAAGCUAGAACACGAAUAUAUCCAGAACUUCAAAAUACUACAAGCAGGUUUCAAGAGGAUGGGUGUUGACAAAAUUAUUCCUGUGGAUAAAUUAGUAAAAGGAAAAUUUCAGGACAAUUUUGAAUUUGUUCAAUGGUUCAAGAAGUUUUUUGAUGCAAAUUAUGAUGGAAAAGAGUAUGACCCUGUAGCUGCCAGACAAGGUCAAGAAACUGCAAUGGCUCCUUCUCUUGUCGCUUCAGCUCUGAGUAAACCGAAGAAACCUCUCGGCUCCGGCUCUGCAGCUCCACAGAGACCCGUUGCAACACAGAGAACUACUGCAGCUCCUAAGGCCGGCCCAGGAAUGGUGCGGAAGAAUCCUGGGGUGGGCAGUGGGGAUGAUGAAGCAGCGGAAUUGAUGCAGCAGGUCAAAGUAUUGAAGCUUACUGUUGAAGACUUGGAGAAGGAGAGAGACUUCUACUUCGGAAAGCUAAGGAACAUUGAACUGAUUUGCCAGGAGAAUGAGGGGGAAAACGACCCUGUACUACAGAGAAUUGUAGAUAUUCUUUAUGCCACAGAUGAAGGCUUCGUGAUACCUGAUGAAGGGGGCCCACAGGAGGAACAAGAAGAGUAUUAAGAGCCUGGACCAGCAGAGCAACAUCUGAAGUCUUCACUCCAAAUCAUGUGCUUAACUGUUAAAUACUCCCUUUUAUUAUUCUUAGAGGAUUCACUGGUUUCUUUUCAUAAGCAAAAAGUACCUCUUCUACAAAGUGCACUUUGCAGAAGUCUCACCUUUUCAGAUGCGUUUGAGUUAGGAGCUGUUGCCUUGUAGCAGAGCAGUAUUAACAUCUAGUUGGUUCACCAGGGGAACAGAGAGGCCAACAUGGGACUCUUCGUGUGGAUGCUGGUCACACUGACUGAUGGAGAAGGGGGUUUAUAAUACAUGAAGUGACAGCCUCAGAGAAAUGUAAAGACUGAAUUGAAUUUAAGGUAAUGUGAAAUUCUGGCAGAGAAUGAAUUAAUAAAUAAAUGCCUUAAGAGUAUUUAAAAUAUGCUUCCAUAUUUCAAAAUAUAAAAUGUAGCAUGACAGGAGAUUCUAUGUGUCCGACAUUGUGUCUGGGAAGGAAGGGUCAGACUUUAGACCCGCUGGAACCUGCUGUCACAGACCUUUCGAGGCUGCUUGACUCUCACAGGUGCAGCCUUU